GUCAUUAAGUCAAGCAGCUUCAGGUGUGCCAGCUCUUCACACAGCUGAACUGUGAUUUAUUAAACCGUGUGAGACACUGAGGAGGGAGUGACUGUUUUAGAUGAUGUACUAUUGAACAAGCUGCUGCGUCAAACACGGAUUUACUUUAUGUUUAUUUAUCAGUGCAGCAGCCUGGCUAAUUUCUCACCAGAGCAAAUAUGUUUGCUUAAGUUACUGCCUGUUUAGUCUUUUUUUAUGUUCUUCUUUAUUUUUCUCCUUUAGUAGGAUCUUCCUACCCAUGUUUUACUCUCUGUAGAGGUUUUAACUGUUUAGUUUAGAGUUUCUGUUGCCCCCAGUGUAAGAUAAGCUCAAACAUUAGUGUGUGUGUUCGCCAUGAAAGAGGAGAUCGCUGCUGCUGUGUUUUUUGUCGCUCGUCUGGUGAAAAGAUAUGGCUGUCUGGAUAUUGAAAGCAGGGACCGCUUUGCUGCUGCGCUCACCUCAGUUCUGUUUGAAAGCUACAAGAACCACUGGUACCCGAACACGCCAACCAAAGGCCAGGCUUACAGGUCAGUACAACCAAUUUAUGCUUUGAUUUAAACCAAAUGAUGAGUGACCCAAACACAGGAAAGGGAGAAAUAUUCCAAUUCUGCAAUUUUGAGUUUCAGGUGUCUGCGUAUGAACCGUGCUCAGCUGAGGGAUCUGGUGCUACAGCAGGCCUGCAAGCGGAGCGCAGUACGGUACGAGGAUCUGGGUCUUCCUCUGGAGAUGACGGUGUGGGUCGAUCCUGGAGAGGUGUCCUGCAGGUCAGGGGUUCUGUUUAACCUGAUCAAGAAGGCUUCAGUGAGAUUAAGAAUCUCUUUCUGACCAGAACCGAUCAUUGCAGUCGUGGUUAUGCACUUGUCAUUUCAGAGUCGAUCUGAAAACUGCAACUGUCCAUGAACUCUUCUGGCAAAUAUCCUCCCAUAUUGAUCCCGGCUGCUGAUUAGUUUUAGAUCUCAGAUUGAUGCACAACAAUCCAGUAACUUAGGGUAAUGAAUGGUAAAGCCAGUGUGCAAAACUGAAGGAUUUGCAGUUCCUCCAGUCCACCAAAGGCUGGCCCCAAGAGCCAAUGAAACCUGUUGAGCUCUAUAUUUUCCCAGCAGAAGUGAAGAUGUUUGCAGCCUCUUUUUAAAAAGUGGUUUUGGUCUAUUCACAUCAUUACUUUAAAACUCAAGGAGAGGAUCUCCAAAUCCCAACAAUAAUCAGAGGUUUAGGUCCAUUGCUAGGCAAGACUAUGGCGUAUUUAUUUGCCUGAUUCUGGAUUGGAUUCUGGAUUAAAAAUAUGGUUUUUGCACAUUUCUGUUUUUCUUGUAGGUACGGAGAGCACAGCACUCCAUUCUGCGUCUCAGCUGCAGACAGCUGUCGACGUGGGGACGGUGAGUUUUCCCGCCGUAUCCACGACGCCGUUGAGCGGGCAAGCCUUGACGUCCGAUCAGGAAGUUCUUCGGACGAGGAGGAUGGGGGUGGAGACAACAGUAUGAGUAGCAGCUGCAGCAGCUUGGCGACUCUGUGCCCUGCUCCAAUCCCACCCUCCAAUCCUGAACCCAAAAGCAUCCCAACGGUCAGCAACCCCAACAGUGUCUACCGGGUAAGUUUAACACGAGAGAGGAUAAAAACCUGAGCUGAACUGAUGUUCUUACAAUAACCACGCAAAGGAGAGUGUCAGCACUGCUGCCACCUGCUGGACAGUUACAAUGUGAAUGCUUUUAGGCAGAGCACAAUAAUCUAUCUCAGCCCUCGCCCUCUGAGUCGCUGCUCAGUCUACUUUGGCCCAGUCCAUUGAAACAUGGUUGUCUGAGUUGGAUGUUGAGUCGUCGAAUCUGUGAUUAUUGUCUCCAUAGCAACUAUCUGUCAAUAUAUAACAGACCGUUCCUACGGAGUUUUGAGCAAUCAGAACCAAGUAUUUUACAUAUCUGUGAUUUAAAGAACUUCAAGUGGGGGUAUCAUGCCUUUCCACACUUACAACAAAUACUGUGAAGUUACAAUAUUUGGUGUCCUACUAGAUGCAAGCAAAGUUUCGAAUCAUAAGGUAAAUGUUUUUUUUUUCCUAACACUCUGCUCUUCUCGUCUUCAGUUCAGUGAGUUUUCACCCGCUGCCCCACAAAACUGGCACAGGGAGAAGCGGAGGGCCUUUGCAGGGGAUUCAUUCCCUCCACAUACUCCUCCACCUGGAGGCCCGGUUUCCCAGUUCCCCAUCCAGAAAGGCUUCAAGCCCUAUCGAGCUACCUUCACCUUCACUGGGCCUCGUGUUGACAAGUACCACUGGGUCAGCAAGUCCAGAUCCUAAAGUGAGAUGAACCCUAGAGCCAGGAUCAGGGACAGUGGCCAUGAUUUACGGGGGUCAAAAAGAGUUCUGGCCAAUUUAUCUUUGAGAGUUUUCUGUGUGAUUUAAAGAAUUAAUGAUAUGGAUUCAUGCUAUUUAAGCAUCUUUUAAAUUAAUAAUAGUGAA